AUGUCUUUCAGUUCAGCAGUAGUAGACGCGCUUAUUAGUUACACUAAUUUUUCGUUUUUCUCUAUUGAUUUCAUUCUCAUCCAGCUCAAGCUGUCUACCAGUAAUCCAUCGACUCACGGCAAUGAAUCGGACAUCGUUUCAUCAACAAUUGCUACAAAACUACAUUCAUCUACAGAUUGGAUCAUUAUAGUCAUUGUUGUGAUGAUGGUAAUUAUAUUUGUCUCUGUUGCUGGUUUUCUAGUCUAUCGAUAUCACGCUAAUCAACGUCGGUACCUACGAACAUUAACUCGAUCGAUCUAUGACACAUUACAACCGUCAUCUGAUACAACUGCGGGCUCCUUUCUACAGACAGCGCCGACAAAUGACAAAGGAUUUGAUCGAACAUCAACAUCAGAAUUUGUUUUUAAUGAAUAUAAUAAUAAAGAAAGAAAUAUUUAUGCGCGCGUGCAUAUAAGAAAAAUGAAGAAAUAUCAGCAGGCGAAGAAGAAUAGUAUUCGAACAACAAUUAAACAUGAAAAGCAAAUCUAUUCAAAUACGGAGCGCGUCAUGAAUCAUAUACCAUAUCCACCUGCUCAUCUAUUGACUGUAAAGGAAAUCUUUGGAACAAGUGAUAAACCGAAUUUGUCGUUACUUUUGCAACAUCUGGAAGCAGAAGGUCGCUUACAAUUAGAUGCAGCUUUGACCAUCAUGAUCCGAGGUCGGGAGCUAACGGCACGAGAACCGAAUAUGCUCGAAAUUAGCACACCGGUGACGAUUGUCGGCGAUAUCCAUGGUCAAUUUUUUGAUAUGUUGAAAAUGUUUGAGAAAGGCGGUGAUGUUGCAUCGAAUCGAUAUUUAUUUCUGGGUGAUUAUGUUGAUCGUGGCCAAUUUUCCGUUGAAGUCGUGCUCUAUCUUUGGGCAGUUAAAAUUGCUCAUCCUGAUACAUUCUUUCUCCUUCGUGGCAACCACGAAUGUCGUAACUUAACUGUUUAUUUCACUUUCAAAGAUGAGUGUCUGCUCAAGCUAGGCGAUGUCUUUUACGAAGAAUGUAUGAAAUCAUUCGAUUGUCUGCCAAUCGCAGCUUUAGUUCAAAGUCAAUUAUUUUGUAUACAUGGAUGUCUAUCGCCAGAAAUACGACAGAUUCGAGAAAUAACAGAUCUCGAUCGAGCAAUGGAACCACCGACGAAAGGACCUUUAUGUGACAUUCUCUGGGCUGAUCCGACCGAUAGUUAUGAUAAUGAAAAACUCGAUCAAAGAUAUGAAAUGUUUACCCAUAAUGGACCGCGUGGUUGUUCCUAUAAUGUGUCUUACAAAGCAAUAUGUAAAUUUCUUGAUGAUAAUGAUCUUCUCUGUGUCAUUCGUGCUCAUCAAGUUCAAUCCGCUGGUUGUAAAAUGUAUAAAAAACAUGAGAAGACUUUAUUUCCCACGUUGGUGACAAUCUUUUCAGCACCGAACUAUUGUGAAGUCUAUAAAAAUCGUGGUGCGAUAUUACGAUACGAUGGUUCAGUAAUGCAUGUUUUUCAAUACAAAUGGGUGAAACAUCCUUAUGUUCUACCGAAUUUUCUCGAUGCAUUUCGAUGGAGCAUACCAUUCGUACUGGAAAAAGUUACUGAUAUGCUGUUAGCAGUACUGAAAUAUUGUUCCGAUGAAAAUGAUAGUCGCCUGUCAAGACGAACUCAGAUUAUCGAAAAAAUUGUUCAUUAUUAUGCGUCAUUAUCGGAUGAAGCUGAGCAAUCAUUGGUAUUGGGAAAUGUUUUACCACCAACUAGUGUUCGUUCUACAGAUUCUCGUCUUGUUAAUAAAGGCCAAAUCGAUUUUCAUACAGCGCAAAAAAUAGAUCAUGCUAAUGAACAUAUACCAUACAAUCAGUAUCGUCGGAAGUAA